AUGGCUUAUGACGAAAACAAAAUAGUUCUCCAUGUUAGAACUCCUGUAGUUUUAGAAGAGCAAGAACCUAUUAAAGAUGCAGCUACAGAUUUCAGUCCUAAAUCAUCAUAUAUGAAAUGUGAUGAAUUUACCCGAAAAUUUCCUUAUUUAAAAUCAAAGGCAUCAAGCUCAGAUAAAAAAUUCUCACAAUCAGUCAAAAGAUCAACAGAUAAAGUCAGCUAUUUUAAUAAAUCGAAAAAUCAAAGCCCAUCUAGCAUAAGAUUAAAGAAAAAAAUAGCGCCAUCUCCUAUGCAUGAUCCAGACAGCGAUUUCUACAUAACUUUUCUUCCCCGAAAAGAAUCAAGGAUGAGGCCUCAACCUAUAUCAGAAAUUUCCUUAUCCCUUCAAAUAAUAGAUAUUUUUUAAAUUUAUUAUAUUAAACAUUGUUGUAAACUAUUAUAAAAUGAAAUAGGAUGCAUAUUCAAUUUAUACUUAAUUACAUAGGCAUAAACUUUUAUUUAUUUUCAAAUAUAAACGAUAACUACUAAUCAUUCAGAAUGUUUUUAUUCAUUUAUUAGGCAUAUUUUAAUAAUUACCUUAUAUUGAGUUUAAAAAAAAAAUUAUUAUAAAGGGUAGUUAGAAGCUCCAACCCUGGAUAAUACCUCAUUUACUAGUGUAAAAUUUAAGGACACUAAGAUUUGGAAAGCACAGCGAUCUUCAAGCCAUAAGAGGAUUAGAUCAAUUGAGCCUAAAAGAGAAUCAACUACAGUCUUGAGAAAAAGAAACUUUACUCCCUUGAAAAUUAGCUGUAAUAACAGCUAUACUGUUCAUAUAAAAAUUCCAGAGCGGCAAGUGACUCCUGUGCAUUUAGAUUACAUAACAAAUAUUAUGAAAAAUCACAAUUUUUCGUUUAAAGCUAAUAUAUGUUCUAAGUAA